GGCGGCUCCUCCCCCCCCCCCCUUCUCCCCUUUUCCCCCCACCGGGCCGCUCCUCCCAGCAGCUGGAACAGUCAGCAACAUUCAGACUUGAUCUUGGCCAAGCCCACACCCCUCAAGCCUCAAAAUACUAACACACAUCAUCCACUUCCCAGUCUAGUUGAGCGUCCUCCCAAUUCCGGAGCCGAUUCGCGCGAUGCCUUCUUCCGGCACCAAGUCCACCAAGCCAAAACCCUCCGAAGUUGCUUCCGAAGCUAAGAGGAUCUACAUUCCUAUGAUCAGGGACAGAUACGCAGUGACGUGGACUACUUGCUCGUACAUCUAUCACCAGCCGCUGUUGCAAAUCAACUUUACCGACCGGCCGUUAGAUCUUUCGCCUCCUGUUUUCUAUGUUUCCGUCGGGGACCCGGUCGACACCGCUCUGAACUGGGUUGAGUCGGCACGUUGUGCCAUAGCCUUCAUCUGUGCCGCAAACGACAAGCGUCCCGGUGGCGAUUGGGAGACGGGUGUGGUGGGCUACGAGGAGCGUUUAUGCCGACGCAGCACCCUUGCGGCGUGCCUCGCAACCCCGGCGGAUGGUUCUCCGGCCAACAGCCAUUACCCGCUCCCGACAUGUGCCGGGGUUCUGUCACAGCAUGUCGGUGAGUCGGCUUGCUCGGGGAACUUUUCUGCUCGGCUCGUUAACCUGCCACACACAGUGGUAUUUCGCGGGCCCCACGACAGAUAUGAGAAGCUGCCGACCGACCAGUGGCGGGCACUGCCUGUUGUGUCGGUCCCUCCGCCACGCUGGCCCAAGCUGACGCAAAACGGCACCAAGUACUCGUUUGCUGACGAGCGCGAGAUGGUCAAGGAAAAGAUGCGCGGUGCGCUUCGAAUCUGCGCGUAUAACAACUACAGCACUGUGGUGAUAGGGAAUUUUGGGCUGGGAAACGGCUACCGAAACCCACCUCAAGAGCUCGCCGAGCUGUGGCGGGAGGUUUGCCUCUAUGACCCUGACCUCCGCGGUCGCAUCCGCUGCGUGGCUUUCGUGUUUGAGGAUCCCAGCCAGAGCACCACGCAGCUGAUCCUGGACGACAUUGCGAAGAAAGCCAAGGGCGGCGGUAGUAGUUCAUCAGGCCGGUCCAAGACCAAUGGUAGUUCAAGCUCAAGCUCAUCGCCAGGAGGCUCGCCCGCAGACGUGGAGAUUUUCUCUCGAGUUUUCGACAACGCUGAGAUUCAAAGGUUCCUUGCUCAGCCGGAUGCAAGGUACGGUCUAAGCAACUUGCUGGCAUGAUGGGCGUCAGCUCCACUAUACCGUCAGGUUCUGGGCGUUCGGGGGAUUCCAGAGACGGCUCAUGGCUCGACGUUUGAAUGGCUUGUUCGGGCAUUGUUUUGCAUUGUGUUGACUGAUGUGUUGACUGAUCUCUUUCUUGGCCUCGUCUCAUCCCACCCACAAGAUCAGCAGUCCAAGGUCCAUUUUGAUGAUCACGGACAGGGUCUUACGUCCGGUUUUUUCCAUUUGGCUGCUUCUGACAUGCUCUUUUUUUUUUUUUCUUUCUCCCCUUUUCUCCCAUUACCUUGGCAUUUUUGUUUUCAACGAUAAUCUUAAUGUACUGUAUCGUCUGCCGGCUUCUGCCAAGCACGGUUCUGCCUCUUACCCAUGUGCAUCGAGCGCCAAGCGCGC